AUGAUACAUGCUUUCCUCUUCGUAACGCAGCGAAAUCGUGAUAGAGAUGGUCACGGGCCCGAGUUCCAGUUCCACAUGUACAGGAUCAAUAGAAUGGCAAACACAAAUAUAACCAUCUAUCAUUCGUUCCACGAUGAAGUGAAUGUCUAUAAGCAGCAUAUUUGGAGUUUUAUUUCAACGCUAAAGAAAAUAUAUCCUAGAUGUGAUGGUCCAUGUCGCGACCGACGGCCAUUCUUUGGCUAUGUGAAGCGGUCCUCGAAUCGUGCGCCUGGUCCAAACGAUCUAUGGUGGAAUUCCCAUAAAGCAAGCUGCAAUGGCACCUUCCAAAAGAUAAAGGAGCCUGAUGGUUACGGCCAAAGAAAGAGGAAGAAGCCGGAUGAGAAAGAAAUACCCGAGAAAAAGCCGGUUUCGGUCAACUCGCUCGAUCGGUAUUUCGCCAGUGUGGGAAAAGGGCAGACAUGUGGAACUUUGAAUCGGAUAGAGACUUCACCUUCUACAUCAAGUGAUCCGGGUCCUUCGUCUUCUUCUCUGAACGACAGGAAAAGCAAAGUCAACAGAGACUAUCUCGAGAAAUUCUCUUGUGUCUGGUAA